GCCCUUCUAUUCUGGCAACCUCAUAACUUCUCAUCAGAACACCUUCCCUCCUCACAGCACACCCCUUCCAAACUUUGCCUCUUCGAGAUGACUGUUAUUCACAUUGUCCUUUUCAAAUUCCGCCCAGAUAUCUCCUCGGCGCACAAGUCUAAAUUCGUUUCUGAAUUAAAAACCCUCAAGACCUUACCCUGCGUUCAAGACGGCCAUUUGAUAGUCGGGGGACCCUCGAUUACGGAUCCCAUUGAAAGGAGUAAAGGAUUUGAGUUUGCGCUUCUCAGUUAUCAUCGCGAUCGUGAAGCCCUGGCAGAGUAUCAAGCCAGCAAGGAACAUCAUAGGGUGACGAGUACAUAUAUGUUUCCGUACAAGGAAGAUCUGUUUCGGUUCGACUUUGAAGUUGACACAGAGGAUGAAUAUAUGUGUCAAGGGAUUGGGAAUGCACUGCUGAAAGGACUGACGACACCGCCGUCAGCGCAGGAAGGGGGGAAUCAGGAUGGAGAGAGAGACAAUAGAUUUCAAGUCGAGAAGAGAGUAUAACAUUACUAGCCUAGACAAUUUGACGAUAGAUGCAUCAUACGUAGGGGUAAUGUUCCCCCUCGGUGUAUAGGUAUUUAUAGUUUGGAAGGAGGUUUGGAAUGCUGCUAUAUAGGCUUCUGAUAAAUCUAG